AGUGUGUGUGAUGUGCGAUUUGUGCCGUGUUCUUUUUCCGUACAAAUUUUUGCUCAAAUUGCUAUCCGAAAAGGCAAAAGUAUAGUGCAAAGUGUCGUUAAGACUUUUAUUCAUCUUAGUUCAGUGUAAUUCUGUUGAAAAUCGGCUAGAUUUUAUGGUAUAUUCGAUCGUUUAAUUUUUUUUUCGAUGACAUACUGACUGCUGUAAUUGGUUGUUUUCUCUUUCUGACUGCCGUGUAUUGUUUGUGCUUUGGAGAAAACGACGAAAGGAAAGCCUAUAGUUUGUGCAAGUGUGAAAGAGAAGGUUAAUCGGUGGAGGAGCGGAAGCUUCAAUGACGGCCAGUCUCCUAUCGUAAUGAUUAUGACGGUGAUCAUGAUUGUGAUCUAGCUGCAAAUAUAGCAACAGUUUUUUGAUGAAGUAAUGGACGAAGCUUCGUGAUCACUUUGCUGCGGUGUGAUAAUUGUGUUAGUGGAGUUUUCUCGCUCUCGUCGGUGAUUGUUAAUUGCUGUUCAAAGCUGUUGGAAAAAUAGCGAAAAAAAACUACAAUCUGAAUACAAUAAGCGCAUAGCGGAGGGUUCGUUUUUAUUCACUGGCACUGAUAAGAACCUGAUCACGGUUGGUAAUUGUGCUUGUAUUGUUUGUCUCGAGAAAACACCGCAAGGCUAGUGGCGUAAAAUGAACGAGAUUGAAGCUUUAAGAGCUGAGGCAGAACAGCUGAAAAAUGCUAUUCGUGAUGCUCGGAAGGCCGCCUGCGACACGUCCAUCCUGCAGGCUACUAGCCAGCUUGAGGCUGUCGGUCGCAUUCAACUUCGAACCCGGCGAACCCUUCGGGGGCAUUUGGCUAAAAUCUAUGCUAUGCACUGGGGCAGUGAUUCGCGGUAUUUGGUGUCUGCCUCGCAGGACGGAAAACUUAUCGUGUGGGAUUCACAUACAACCAACAAAGUUCACGCUAUUCCGUUGCGAUCUUCCUGGGUAAUGACCUGUGCAUAUGCUCCAUCCGGGAAUUACGUUGCUUGCGGAGGGUUGGACAACAUAUGCUCGAUAUACAAUUUGAAAACGCGUGAAGGAAACGUCAGAAUCGCACGGGAAUUGGGUGGCCAUACAGGGUACCUAUCUUGUUGCAGAUUUUUGGAUGAUAAUCAGAUUGUUACCAGCUCCGGAGAUAUGUCCUGUGCGUUGUGGGAUAUUGAAACCGGUCAACAGGCGACUUCAUUCCAGGGCCACUCGGGAGACGUAAUGGCCCUAUCGCUAGCACCCCAAAGCAAAACUUUCGUUUCGGGAGCAUGUGACGCAACUGCCAAAUUGUGGGAUAUUCGUGAGGGCCAAUGCAAGCAAACAUUCCCGGGUCACGAAAGCGAUAUCAAUGCGGUUGCUUUCUUCCCUAGUGGGCAGGCCUUCGCGACCGGUUCGGAUGAUGCCACCUGCCGGUUGUUCGACAUCCGUGCCGAUCAAGAGCUGGCCAUGUAUUCGCACGAUAACAUCAUCUGCGGUAUCACCUCGGUAGCGUUUUCGAAAUCCGGCCGUUUGCUGCUGGCUGGUUAUGAUGACUUCAACUGCAACGUGUGGGACACCAUGAAGGCGGAACGGGCCGGCAUACUGGCCGGACAUGACAACCGAGUCUCCUGUUUAGGUGUUACGGAUAAUGGAAUGGCCGUUGCGACCGGAUCCUGGGAUUCGUUCCUGCGUGUUUGGAAUUAGAAAACCACCCGAUUCUCGACCAGCGACGAUCGAGCACAACGAAAUCGAAAGUCCCACAUCGUCUAAAGAAAUAAAACCAAGAUGCAGUAGGAGGAGCGGUAACGGCAAGGCAUCGAGCCGAUGAUGCACUUUUCUACGAUUCCGCCAGCCAGCCAGUUCGAUUCGGUACGUGGUACGAGCAAAAGUAAAACCGCAUGUGCCUCCUUAGUUGCACGUACGAUCGAGAGUAGAGGUAAGAUCACUUGUGGGCAGCUUAAAAGCACAGCAAGCAGCUCGAACAAGCCAAACGUAACAGUAAGAAAAGUGCCUUUUCUACAGAAAAUUGUUAUAAAAAUGCACUAGGUUUAUGUGCACCAAAAUACCCCAAUUCCAGUCGUACAGUAUCAGUACUAUCAAUAUUCGAUUACAACGAAAAACACAAAAAAGCACAAAAAAUAAACGCUGCAAUUGAACAGAUAACUAACUAGUUUGUAAACGUACAUAUUUUUCAUCUUGCUUAUGUUUGUCAUUUUACGUAUACUAUUAUUGCUGGAGAAAAGUCUAAACUAAAGCGAACAAGGCACAAAAAGGAAAUUUUAUACAACUUUCACUACUACUCUAGAUAGUAUCUAUUUCAAAUAAAAAAGCAUAGAUUAUAUACAAGUCUUUAAAAGUAUCCGCUGCAAAAGGAUCUUCGUAUUUUUAUUAUAUAGUAAGUAAUCUGUAAACAAGAUGGCCUUACAGUGAACAAUCAGGCUGGUAAACUCAAAAUUUAAAACCUUAUUUAUUUUCUGUGCUUCUAAAGGAUAGUAGUUUAGUAACAGAUUUCGGCAGCAGAUGUCUUCUGUUUAAUUCCAAACGGUUGUUGAUUCGACGGAACUUUAGAAGGUAUGAUGCAUCCAUUCUUGUAACCUACAAUUUAUAGGGCCAAUUAUCCAGUUUAUCCCGAAUAAGUAGAGCGAAGCAACAAAAAAAAAUGGGAAAAAAUGUUUUAAUUAUUUGAUAAAUAUACAUUUCUAG